UUUGUGAUCCUAUUACAUUGGGGAGUAAUCGAGAACUAUGGAAAUUCAAACUGGAGAUGUAUAAAACCCAAUACAUGAACGCAUACACUAGUGUACAUUUGGUUUCUUGAUUUCAAACACUUUCCUUCUCUUUUAUUCUUCUUGCUGAGGACCCUUGCUGAAUCUUCUUUCUGAUGUCAACCACCAUACUGAUGGGUGCAGGCACUACCUACCAUAAUUUCUUCGAUCCUUCCUACAUGACCACAUCUUCCACACCCCAGGCAAACAUAACAUUUGUCUUUGUUGGCAUUGGCAACUAUUCUAUUACACAAAGUUCUUUCGAAUCACCUUGCACCCCGUUAGAUGGUGGUUUCGACAGUGGGCUCGUGCAUACCGAGAACUCGAGUACCGCGGCACGAGCAACAUUGACGCUAGGGACUGUCGCAGUUUGGUUUUUCUCUCAACAGUCGGACCCAGAUUGGCGUUGUAAUUCAAGCAUAGUCGGCGCUCUCAAUCCUCCUGUCACUGGAAAUCUGACAUUCGCCAGUUUUCUUGCAAACGCAAACGCAACAGGUCCUACAACAAGUCGUUCAGCUACGGCUGCAACCUUGGACCCAAGUACAGUGGUGCCAAGGACCAGUUCUUUGUCGGAGACUCAUUCUGCAAUUGCAACGGCACCUACCGCCUCUACCAGUUAUCCUCCAGCUAUAACUGGGCACUCUGUCACUGCAGGCGCUAUAGUAGGAGGAGUGCUGGGAGGGGCGAUAGUUGUGGUUGUAGCCCUUCUAGCUGUCCUGUUUUCUCUACGAGAAAGAGAAGCACGUCGUAGAACUUCCGUACGACGACGUUCAAUUCUCGCUCAGGAUUUGGAAGGGAAUUUAAAAUUCGACUCGCUGGCAGGCCAUACAGAUGACGGCACACGGAGGAAAUCCAUUCCUCAAUUAGACCAUCCAGAACUGCUCACUCAAAUGAAUCUUCUUGAUUAUGACCCUUGUACGAAUGUGGCACACUUCCCUGCAGUUUCAAUAGUACUUCAGCGGCCGAAGUUGUCUUCUACAGAAUUUAUAGCUCCCGCUUCCAGGAAUCUCUCGGGAUCAGAAUCCAAUGUAGAAGAUCCCACAGAAGCAUCUCGUCAAAGAGAUACAGCCAUAGAGAAUUCUCCCUUGAUUAUCAACAGAAAUGUCGGUGAAAUUAGGGCACAACGCCUCAUUGAAAAUGUAUGCAUUGAAGCUGAGCGGGCCAUUGCUGAAAUUCGUCGUGCUCAAACGAAUGCAAAUGCUGUGAUUCUCAAUGCGAGCAGCGGGGAAAACGCAAUCGACGACGGCAAUGCACACGUUCUUUUUUCGGAAACCCCUCCCCCUCCAUAUCAACUUUCUGACACACUCAAGCGGAAUGUAUGAUCGUUCAUGAGUGCAUGAGUCCUCAAGCUUGUACAUACUGAAUAUAAUAAGAUAUAAUAGUAAUACUGUAAUAGAAUAGUGCCGGUUUAAGCGCCAGCAUAACUCGUGUCAAUAUGAACAA